AUGGCGACGGCCGAGCAUGCGAUCACAGUCGAUGAAGCGAUGGAGUUGCCCGUCCUCCCGCCUAACCAGGGGGUCGAGGCAAUGAAGGAUAUCGUCUUCGGAUCGGCAGCCGGAAUGGCAGGAAAGCUCAUCGAGUACCCCUUCGAUACCGUUAAGGUCCGAUUGCAAUCACAACCUGAACACCUCCCGCUACGAUAUACAGGCCCUCUAGACUGUUUUCGCCAGUCGUUUCGGGCAGAUGGCGUGCGGGGUCUAUACCGAGGCAUCAGUGCCCCAAUGACUGGGGCUGCGGUGGAGACUAGCUGUCUAUUUUUCAGCUACCGCAUUAUCCAAGACGCCCUCCGCGCCACCGUCUACCCGGAUGUUGAGCAUCUUCCCUUCGCGGCGCUUCUGCUCAGUGGUGCGGCGUCCGGAUCUGUCACCUCGCUCGCCCUCACCCCGAUCGAACUGAUUAAAUGCAAAAUGCAAGUCCCAGUCCAAUCCUUCGGACAGCAAGCGCCUCGGCCACUCACGCUGGUCGCGGAAGUAUUCCGACAGGAGGGACUUAUGGGUUUUUGGCGCGGUCAACUGGGAACCCUUAUCCGAGAGACUGGAGGCAGUGCCGCAUGGUUUGGCGGGUACGAAGCCGUUUCCUCUUUCUUCCGCUCGUAUAAUAUAUCGUCAUCUCCUUCGCAACAACCGAGUGACACCCUCCACGUCUACCAACAAAUGAUUGCCGGUGCCACAGCGGGGAUCAGUUAUAAUUUCCUCUUCUACCCUGCCGACACAAUCAAGUCGCGGCUACAGACUGAAGAUAUUUCUCAACGACCGGCGGGGAGCCAACGCCAGACCUUUUGGAGCGUGGGUCGCGCGCUGUGGAAACAACAGGGGCUGAAGGGCAUGUACCGCGGGUGCGGGAUCACCUGUGCCCGAUCGGCGCCCAGCUCUGCGUUCAUCUUCUCCGUAUAUGAAGGAUUACGACAAUUUUUUGGAUAG